AUGACCAAGAAGUACAUGCCAUAUCUCGAAGUCCUCGAGUCACGCGAGGAGGUCAUCGGCGACAUCUAUGAUACCGACGUCUACAAAUGGGUCAUGGCUCCGUUUGAACCUCUUCUACUUGAACUCGCGCCUCCACCAGAAUGUGACCCCAAAGACAUCAGAAUCACCCUAGAAAAGCAUAUAUUUCCGGAGUUUCUUGUCUUUGAACUAGAUAUCGUCGACGAAAAGCUAUGUCCUCGACGGGUCGCAGUCGAGGAGUCCCUGUACAUCACUCCUGGGGAACCAGACAAUCCUCCGCAUGAAGUGAAACAACGAUGGAUGGAACAGAUUGAGGCUGCUGUCUCGGGCUUGCAUGGCGCUGGUAUGGUCUGGGGAGAUGUCAAGGCAGAUAAUGUCUUGAUAGGUCAGGAUAAUAAUGCGUGGGUCACGGAUUUCGGUGGAGGCUAUACUAAGGGCUGGGUUGAUAAGGAGGUGGCGGAAACUAUGGAAGGGGACCGGAUGGGUAUGGUGAGGUUAAGAGAGUUUAUCUUUCCAGCUGCAUUAUAG